CAGAAAAGGUUGUGUGUGGCCCUAGCUGCUAUGUUCUACCAGUGCUGCAUGCUACAAGAGCCUUCACGAAGCCAUCAAAAAUGGGAGCAGCUGAACUUUGGUCACCUCCAAAAAGAAUAAGUGGGACUGGUUAGGCCCACACAUCAAAGGAAAUAUAGUGAGCCAGCUGCAGGCUCCUUUUAUUUUUUGUGAUGACCACAUGAACCCGGAAAGGCCACUUAAAGUUAAAUCAUUUUUGGGACUUGGCCAUUGCCUAGUAUCCAGCAAGAAGGCCUGAGGUAGGCUGCAAUGGCCACUGUCAUUCCAGCAGAUCUGUCAGAAGUAAGAGAUGCUCAGAAAGUCCCAGUAGGGAAACGCAAGCGUGGAGAAGGCAAACCAAGAAAAAAUUUUCCUUGUGUUUUGUGUGACAAGGCCUUUAACAGUGUUGAGAAAUUAAAGGUGCAUUCUUACUCUCACACCGGAGAGAGGCCCUACAAGUGUUUACAUCCAGACUGCACAAAAGCUUUUGUCUCUAAAUACAAAUUACUAAGGCAUAUGGCUACCCAUUCUCCUGAGAAAACCCACAAGUGCAACUUCUGUGAGAAAAUGUUUCAUCGAAAAGAUCACCUGAAGAACCAUCUACACACUCAUGAUCCCAACAAAGAGGCUUUUCAGUGUGAAGAAUGUGGAAAGAACUAUAAUACCAAACUUGGUUAUAAACGUCAUUUGGCCUUGCAUGCAGCAACAAGUGGUGACCUCACAUGUAAAGUGUGCUCUCAGACUUUUGAAAUUACAGCUGUUUUGCUUGAACACCUGAAAACACAUGCUGGCAAGCCAUCAGGUGGAACAAAAGAAAAAAAGCAUCAAUGUGAACAUUGUGACAGACGUUUUUACACCCGUAAAGAUGUCCGUAGACAUAUGGUGGUACAUACUGGAAGAAAGGACUUCCUCUGCCAGUAUUGUGCGCAGAGAUUUGGGAGGAAAGACCACCUGACACGUCAUGUGAAGAAAAGUCACACACAGGAACUUUUAAAGGUGAAAUCAGAACCAAUGGACCUGCUGGAUCCCUUCAGUUGCAGUGUACCUGUUCCUAUAAAGGAUGAGCUUCUUCCAGCAAUCUCUUUGUCUCCUAGCGAACUGACAUCGAAACAAUUUGCAAACACAUUGCACAUGAACCUGUACAAUAGUCAGAUGCAGUCCAUGCAGAGUUCUGGUUCUGCACACCAAAUGCUCACCACAUCAUUACCUUUGGGAAUGACCUGCUCAGUGGAUGCAGAGCCUGUUCCAUGUUCCCACCAGCUUUCCUUAAAAUAUCCACUCAGUUCUACCUCAUAUGGACUUACAAUGCCUGAUAAAGAACAACCAUUAAAAGGGGAAAUUGAAAGCUAUAUAAUGGAGUUGCAAAGCAGCAUGCCAUCUUCUUCCCAGGAUGCUCAAGCAUCUUCAUCUAAACUAGGCUUGGAUCCCCAGGUCGGGCCCCUGGAUGAUGGGUCUGGGGGUAUUUCUCUCUCAAAAAAUUCUGCUGCUAUAAGUGAAGCCCUUAACUCUUCAUCUUUGGACUUCUCUCAGUUGUUUAACUUUAUACCAGUAAAUGGUCCUCUCUAUAACCAGUCUGUUUCCAUGGGGAUGAAUUACACACAAGAAGAAGCUCAUCCAUCGAUGACACAACUUCCUGCACAACCUCAGGACCCACAGGACCUUGGGAACAACAUAAGCCUUGCUUCCUUGCAUUCACUGUCAACAGCAUUUACAAGCAGUUUAGGUACAACCACAACACUGCCACGAUUCCAUCAAGCCUUUCAGUAGGAUUUGCAAAUGGAAAUACCAUAAAAUAUCUGUAUUGUGAAAUGCCCUGUUAAUGAUGCAUUUUGUGAUUGUGCCAAUUUUGAAAUGCCACCAAUAUCUUCCAUAGCACACUAAUGACUUUAUUGAGCCAGUAAAAGGUUGUUUUAUGCCUUUUAGUCCUAUACACUUGUGCAUGUUGAAAACACAUUUCAAUAGCAAUGUUUCUGACUUUGAAGAAAAAA